AUGGGGGGGUCUCCCUGCGCAAGAGGAAUCAGUUCUGUCUCCGGGACCAGCCACAGCAUGGCAGAGGACCUGGGGCUGGGCUUUGGGGAGACAGCCAGCGUGGAAAUGCUGCCCGAGGAUGACAGCUGCAGGCCCAAGGCCAGAGCUAGGCUGGCAGCCAGGGCCAGCAGCUCCGGCUGGGCUCUCACCUGUUGCCUGGUGUCACUCCCCAUCCUGGCAGGACUCACCGCCUACCUGCUUGUUGGCCAGCUCAGAACCCAAGGAGAGGCCUGUGUGUUCCAGACUCCAAAAGCACAGGAAUUUGGACCUUCACAUCAGCGAGCUUAUGCACCUCCCAGAACUAGUGGAGAUAAGCCAAGGGCACACCUGACAGUUGUGAGACAAACGUCCACACAGCCCUUGAAUAAUCAGUUCCCAGUUCUGGACUGGGAACAUGAACUUGGCUUGGCCUUCACCAAGAACCGGAUGAACUACACGAAUAAAUUCCUGGUGAUCCCAGAGUCGGGAGACUAUUUUGUUUACUCCCAGAUCACAUUCCGAGGUAUCACAUCCAAAUGUGGUGAAAGCAGCAAAGGGAGCCGAGCAAACAAGCCAGACAUCAUCAUUGUGGUCAUCACCAAGGUAACGGAGAACUACCCCGAACCCACUCAGCUCCUAAUGGGGACCAAGACAGUGUGUGAAAUAGGUAGCAACUGGUUCCAACCCAUUUAUCUAGGAGCCAUGUUCUCCUUGCAAGAAGGGGACAAGCUGAUGGUGAACGUCAGUGACAUCUCUUUGGUGGACUACACAAAAGAAGAUAAAACCUUCUUUGGAGCCUUCUUGCUAUAGGGGUAAGGCAGAUGUCACUGUGUAAAGGUCCUCUCCUCCUAGUUCCUAAUUUUCUUCAUUCAUAUGUAAUUAUAACCAGGGGCUUUCUUGAAGCGUUCCACAGAGACAAUGGUUUAGCUAUGAAAUGUAGGGCCCAAAAGCCCACACUUUAUAUGCCUUACUGAUGAGAAUACAAAUUGGAAAAAGCGAGAAAAAAGGCAGACAUAUUACCAUGGUUGCCUAGAAGAUGGGUGAAUUUCUGAACAUUAGUACACUCAUUACCAAAUGAAUGGAUGAUUUACUCAGAACAUUUCUACAGCUUCCUACUACACAGUUGUCACCAGUGGGCUCAGUUGCUGUUCAGUUUGAUUAUGAAGCAUUCACUUCAGUUCAAGAGCCUUGAAUAAAAUCCAAAGACCUAGAAAACAGUGUAAACCUUUCAGAGGAGAAAUCCUUAAUCAGUUUCCCCAAAUACAUAGUUUCAUAGAAAGGAAGGAAGGAAGGAAGGAAGGAAGGAAGGAAGGAAGGAAGGAAGGAAGGAAGGAAGGAAGAAAAGAAGAAAGAAAGAAGAAACUGCUAUUUUUCAUGAAUGUUCUCAAAAAAAGAAAUUGAUUUUCAUGAUACUAUCUAUGGCAAAUAAGAGAAACUACCUUUCCCAUUAUUUUGUACACAGGCAUCAAAAUAAGCAAGUAUGAGUUCCACAUGCAUAUCAAAAAUACAACAAUAGCAUUUAUUCACCACAGUUUUCUUGAGCACCUGUUAUGUUCUGGGCAUUAUCUUUACCCAGAAGACACUAUGAACAAGUCAGAUUCUACUAAAAACUUAUAUGAAUGUCACUAGAUGGCUCCUGGUCAAAUGUGUCCCAACAUGCACCAAGGACUAACUCCAAACCUAAAAAACAUAUCAUCUGACAGCAAGAUUUCUGGGGCGCUCCUGACUAUGUAAGCUGUCCAGCUGAUUAGGUAACUCAAGAAACUUGAAGACAGAUUUCUAGCUAAUUAUACAAACUGUACAACAAAUUUGAUUGGUGUCAGGAGACAAUGGACUUAUUCUCUUGGGGGGGAAGGGUCAAUCUCCAAAUCUGGAAAAGUUAACCCAGAUCCGCUUUGAAUUUUGAUUCACAACCUCAGAGUGUUAUGUGGGUAUUUUUCUCUUAAAAUAGUCUAAGGGAUUUAAAUAUGCAAUUAGCUAAUCAGCUUACCUAAGACUUCUUCCCUGGAGGAGAGGCUGGACAUUGAGGCUUGUCUGUAAAGCAAGAAUCCACCAACUUGCUUCCCAGUAUCAAAUGAGUCCAUGGGGAUGAAACUUGGUAACUUUGAACAUUCUGUGAAGUAGGAGAGCAUGUCAGUGUCACGUGGGAGCAUGGCAGUGUGACAUGGCACUUCAGACUCUAUUAUAAAUGCUCCCUAUGGAGGAGAUCUCACAAUGGGUCUGGAAGCAAGCCUGGCACCAAAAUCAACUCUUCCCCUUGUUGCCAGGAGACUACAGAGGACAGAGGGGUGUGACGGGGCUCCUGAGCACAAUGAUUGGUGCAGCAGUACUUGACCAAUAUUUGUUGAGUUAUAAUUAAACAAAAAUUCCAUUUCUCAGUUGGGAGGUUAAGGCUCCAAAGCCUUCAGCUUCUCAAAACAAUGAGCACAGGGCUCAAUGGGAGCACGGACAAGGGUGUGGUCACCUCCACCUGGUUCAGAAGCAUCUUCAUGAAGGAAGUGAGUUCUGAAAGAAGGUGGGCGGACGACAGAUGGCCUCGGAGAAAGGGCAUCUCAGAUGGAGGAAUUACCCUUUUCUUAAAGCAGAAUGGAGAGGUUUCUCAGUAACUAUAAAGCCAGCUUGAUUAGUGAAUGUUUCCUCAAUCGACUCCUGGUACAACAUUUAUGGGUGGAUCACGAAUGUUUCAUCAAUGAGUCUCACUGGCUCCACGAUCAGAACUAAUACCCCAUUAAGAAAAUAAAAUGCUCCAUCUGCAUCUGCAUGAGAGCACCAAGCGACCUGGGGAAUGGGCAAGAAUUUGCAUGGAGGAGGCCAGAGUGGCCUACUCCUCUUCUCCACUAGAAGGACCCCUGUGCCCAGGGUCUUCAAACCCGCCCACUGUUCCAUUGGGCAGCUGGUGGAUUUGGAAGUUCAUUCAAGAAAUUGGAAUUUCCUACUAUCCUAAAAGACCUGAAGCUUUGGAAAGAUCCUACCACAUAUUUAUUUUGCUCCCAUCCUAAGCCCAUUUAUUGAAGAAUGUAUUGUGCUCAAGUUUUCAUGGUUGAAUUUAUUAAAUGUCCUAUGAUACAGCUUUUACUGGUCAGAAAGGCUCAGUCAAACAUUCCUAGUAGGACUCGAGUCCUAGGCAUUAUUUCCAUGGCAAAUAUUUGUGCCCUUGUUUUUAAAAUCAAGUGGGAGAUGCUUUUUAAGACCAUGUGAUAGUCCCCUAAAAGGAGUACAGAGAGUGCAUUCGAAGGGCCAGAAUGUUCCGAAAGAAUAUGCGUACAUGCGUCAGAAAAUGGUUAAUUUAGGGGGAAAGUGCUUUGCUGGUUCAGUGUCUCGCAAAAGGCUGACUUCAAAUCAAUUCCACAAACAUAUACUGAGUACCCACUCAUCCUGGAGACACAAAGAUAAAUUAUUUUAGUCUCCGAUGUGUUCAUUCUAACUGCUUAGUACUUCCACUGUCUGUAGAUCUGUUAAUUUAUUUUGGUUGUAUUAGCUAAUUAAUUAGCUAACUUUAGGCACAUGGAUAUUUUCUCAUGAAAAUGGGUGCCAUUUGGUGAAGGAUGAUCAUUAACAACAUGAUUUGUGUAUACAAUAAGUGAUUUUUUAAAUAGCUACCCAAGGACAGAUUUUCAUAAGUAAAAGGGGAGAACACAAAGUUACUGUUUUCUAUAGUGGCAUCCAUUAUCAAAGCCAAAUGUAGAGAGAGGUUAUUAUCAAGUUUGGCCAGCAACAUUCUUGAAAAUACUAGAACUUUAUGGAUGACCCAGAGGUGCGUGUGUCCCUCAGCAAAUCCCCAUGAUCAAAAUGCAUGGGGUCACCAGCAUUAGGACCCUAGCAUGGUUUAGC